UUCACCAUGACGCUUCUCACAGCCACCCUGACGUUACUGAUUCCCGACUCUGAGACAUUGGUGGUGGCCGCGGGAGGGGGGCCCUCACUGCCCGCGGCAGACGCGGAGCGCCGGUCACCUGUAGAAACAGCUCCGGGACAGCCGGUGACGUCACGGCCACCGGCCGGAGAGUCAAUCUACCCGUCCCCGUCCAACGUGCCGGCCGGUCUGCUCGUACUUCUGAUGGUAUUAUCCGUGGCUGGAGUGACGUCAUCAAUACUCCUGGUCAUCGGCUUAGCCAAGGGACGGCGGAGGCUGCUGGUGCCUCUCGUUGUUAUUCUCUCCUGCACGGCUCUCCUUGAUCAGGCGGUGCUUCUGACCCGCGUGGUGCUGGAUGUGAGGACGUACCAUACGAUCAGCUCGGAAACAAUAUCGCUUUGCAUAAUAGAUACCGUGGUCUUAGGCAUAAAUCUGCUCUGCCUGGUGUGCGUUAUCUCGCAGUACCAGAAGUACGCCGAGGCGGCCGGGGGCGGACCGGCGCCAUCGCAGCUCUCCAUGAGACAGACGAAGAUCACGGACCCUACCACACUUCCCGGCCUCUCUGCUGAAACAUGUAACGGCAGGACGGACAACCAGCCGUCUCCUGUGUCCGCCGCACCAUAACCGCAGGACGGAGCAGCUGUAACGACAGGACAGGCCACCAGUCGUCGCCUGUACGUAUCUGCUACAACAGAAAGUGCUACAGACCAGACGCUACAGCGGGAAGGAGACCCAGCGGCCAGCCGGCUCCAUGCUCGGUGCACCGUGACACGUGCUUCGAAUCAAUUGUAAAGGCAGGAGAGCAGCACCUGCCACUAUCAUCUGACGCAGGGCAACGCCAGGCUCCGAGCGUUUGCCUCGAGAAAAACACUGCAGCGUCACAGACGCCUCAGGCCUAGCCACGUUCUCGCCUGCUGCUGACUGGAGUCUGAGCGCCCUGGUGCAACUCUGAACGCCUCGUGUGCGCCACAUUAACCCCAGAGCUGAGCAUGAUGGACGGCUUCAUCAGGCAACGCACUCAUGAGUGACAUUUGGCCGCCGGAACAUUCACUCUGCUGGAUUGUUCGGUCUAUAGCGCUCAAAACAGGGAAAUUUAAUUGGUUGCUCGAUUGUGUGGUUAUUUGCGGUUAGGAACGAAAUCACGAAUAUUUUCGCAAUGCUGCUGUUUAAAGAUGAAAUGCGAAUAGGUAUUUCAAGAAAUAAUGUAUAAUUAUACAUAUCAAUGAAUGGACGAUGUUUCAUGGAUAGACCAGAUGAACUUUAUGGAAACAAGCAAAAGUAUGUCAAUUAUAAUGCAAAAAAAAAACACGCACACACACAUACAAACGUUUGAAAAGCGUUAAUUCAUUAAGCCGCACAAGACGGUGAAAGAGGCUUUACAGAGGCUUCUCGUUUUUCUGCAAUAUCUUCCAAGCCGCUGGACGUAUAUUUACACGAAACUUACAGUGCCUUCGGCUGCAUUAAUUUGACACCUAGUGUCCAAAGUAACAUUUUGUAGCUACCAUAGGUGUGCUGUAAAUGACGUCAGAGUGACGUCAUGUCGGCCGACUUUGAUGCAAAACAUUAAACUAUACGGCAAUCGCUCUAAAGAGCUCAGUUCUUAAGCUAGAUUUUUUUUUUGCAUGAGAGGACUCAGAAGUCAGAGUACAGAGGGCUAACAAACUGGUAUCUUGGAUUUUCAAGAUGUCAAAAUUUUUGAAAAUUUUACAUACAAAAUCUAAAACAAAUUGUUUAUUUUUUAUUUUCAAAAACAAAACAGGAAUAUAUGUGCUAGAGCAUAUACCAAUGAUCUACUCUAGGAAGUUUUAGCCUGAUAUCUUCAAAAAUAGCUGAGUUAUACGCUUUAUAGACAAUAUUUCACCGUUUCCAAUUUUUUCAAAUCAAUUUUUCAGUACGUUCUUGACAUUGUACAACAAACUAAAUAGAAUCGUCGUGUUUCUGAGCUCAAACUGCAUCUGAUCGACACCUUUUUUGUUGAAAAAUUUCAACUUCAAAAUUUGGCCUUUUUUAGCUUGAAAGUGACCUGACCUCAGCUAUAUUCAGCUGAAAAUGGCCUCAAAUGACACAAACGGCACUGCUUUCGAAAUCUAUGGCCGAAAUGGAUCGUAAAACAUGUGUCAUGUGACCGAUACAUCAUACAAAGUUUCUGUGACCUAGGAUGACCUGGCCUUGACCUGAAAAAUUCGAAGUACAAGUUCGCUACCUCAGGGUAUCUAAGGCAUAUGUCGACUUAAAAUGAGCCUCAUCGGACUUGUUAGCCGGCGGCCAGAGCCUAAAUUGUGAACAAGCCAAAAUAAUAAUUUUUACUUUGACCUGACCUGUGACGUCAUUGGUGACCUCUAGGUCAAUCAACUUAGGUUUCCUUCGACAGUUUUUCCAGGGCUAUCAGAAGCUUUUGAAUUUUAACGAUCAGCCCAGUGGUUUCGGAGAUAGGGGGAGGGGCUCUGUAGACCCCCCCCCCCCGUCAGCCGCGUUAUGGAAAAUACCCUGCAGUCGUGCGCGCUUGCACUUUGGUAAAAACUCGUUUAAAGAGCUCAUAAACCUAAGCCGUAUUUCAUCGACGCUGAACUUUGUAUAUGUGUUUAUCACAAUAGUAUGUACCUACUGUUGAUGAUGUGCACUGCAACACUGCUACACAGUGUGAAAGUAAUGAUGCGUGACUAAUGACUAUCUAUCUACCAUCUAUAAAUGCUUGUCGUAACAUCACCCGCGGCGCAUGCUGCUAUGCUGUUCAUGUACAUUGUGUAUUUACGGCUACGCAUAAUUCGUCACAUACGUGCAGUGCAGUGAGUCUGUCGUUAGCGACUCGCGAAUCAUUUUGAUGCUGAAUGUGAUGUUGUACGCCUGAAUGUGUGAGUCGGAAAUGACGCUGAUAGACGCGGCGUGUUGUCCGCUCUCGAUAAAAGGUAUUGUGUGUGACCGCACAAGCUCUACACUGCAUGCGCCGUGCGCUCCAUUCGUUACUGUUCUGUUUGUAAAUAUUUAAAAUACUCGUAAGAGAAGCAGCCGAAGUGUUGCGUUAUUGCAUUGUUACUUGUUGCUCGUAACUUCCAGAGUUACAAGUUGCAACUUCCAAACAAGUCUUGUUUGAAUGCGAUAAUACCUAUAAGAUUUGAAUGUGGAAAAUUUGGAUGUAAUAUACAAUUCGUAUAA